AUGAGUGAUUUUCACGGUGGUGAUACGGAGAAUAAUUUUUCACGGAAUAGUCACGAUCCAAACGGUGAUACAAAAAUGGGAACACCAUCCGGACAUGAUGAACGAGCUUGUGAUGGUUACGAAAAAAAUGAAAGUAAUGCGGACAGGCAUAGACGCUCUCCCCGUUCUAGAUCCAAAGAAAAGGAUAAAGAUCGUAGUCGUAGAAAAAAGGACCGUUCCAGAGAUCGCGAGCGUGAAAAGGACAAAGAUAGGGAUCGUGGCCGCGAACGGGAUAUUAGAAGAUCAAGCCGUGAUCGUGAUCGCGUAAGUCGCGAUCGGGAUCGUGCUAGUCGUGAUCGUACUAGCCGAGAUCGUGAUCAUAGACGACGUGAUAGAGAUCGUGAUUCACGAGCACGUCGAAGUCGUUCUCGAACCUACGAUGAUUAUGAUGCUCGGCGUGGUGGAGGUAGCCGUCGUGAACGCAGUCGGGAUCGUCGACGCGAUCGAGAUCGUGAACGUUCGCGUAGUCGUAGUUAUGAUAGACGUAAAGCACGCACAAGCCGUGAACGUAGUAGCCGUAGAAGUCGCGACCGAAGUGGUUCCAGAGAACGUUCUGAACGUAUGCACUUGGAAUCUAUCAAGGAGGAAGUUUCCCGGGACAGUCGUUUUGAUUUGACACAAACAAUACAAGAACUUAUGAGCAGUACAACAAAUGCAAAAAAUUUUGCCGCAUUGUUCUCUUGCAAUAACAGCAAUGAUUCGACAUCGAAUGGACCAACGGACAGCGGAAGUCAAGAGGGCGAAAGAAAACGACGCAAGAAAUCACGCUGGGGUGGUACGGAAAACGAUAAAACAUUUAUACCCGGUAUGCCGACAAUUCUGCCACCAACAUUGGAUCCCAAGCAACAGGAAGCAUAUUUAGUUCAACUACAAAUUGAGGAAAUAAGCCGUAAGCUGCGUACCGGAGACUUGGGCAUACCACAAAAUCCCGAAGAAAGGUCUCCCUCGCCAGAACCAAUUUAUAGCUCUGAUGGCAAACGUUUGAAUACUAGAGAGUUUCGUUAUCGCAAGAAACUGGAAGAUCAACGGCAUCAAUUGAUACAGAAAAUGCAAACGGUUAAUCCUGAUUUUAAACCGCCAGCAGAUUACAAGCCCCCGGUUACAAGGGUCAUUGAUAAGGUGUUGAUACCACAGGAACAACAUCCAGACAUUAAUUUUGUUGGCCUGCUGAUUGGCCCACGUGGCAAUACUUUGAAAGCCAUAGAAAAAGAAACUGGGGCCAAGAUUAUUAUACGCGGCAAAGGCUCUGUUAAAGAGGGUAAAGUUGGACGCAAAGAUGGCCAACCUUUGGCUGGUGAAGAUGAGCCAUUACAUGCGUUUAUAACGGCCUCCAAUCCUGAGGCUGUUAAAAAGGCCGUGGAUAAAAUCAAGGAUAUCAUACGCCAGGGCAUUGAAGUACCCGAAGGCCAUAACGAUUUACGUCGCAUGCAGCUACGAGAAUUGGCUCAAUUGAACGGUACUCUACGUGAAACCGAUUGUCCUCGCUGUACCAAUUGUGGUUCCACCGAACACAAGUCAUGGCUCUGUCCGGAUAAACCCAAUAUUACAAACAGCAUUGUUUGUACUUCGUGUGGUGGAGCUGGACACAUCUCCAAGGAUUGUCGCAGUAAACGUCCUGGUGCUGGCGUACCCGGUGAAGAAAACGAGAACUCUCAAGCUAAAAUCGAUGAGGAAUAUUUGAGCUUAAUGGCUGAGCUAGGUGAGGGACCACCACCAUCUGCUGCUCCCAAAAAUCAACCUGAUCCCUUGGCCCAAGUGCAUAUUAAUCGUGGCUAUAGUAUAUUCGACAAGAAACCCACAACCAUGCAAGCCAUACAAAGUGCACCGCCACCACCACAUAAUACUGUGGCGGCCCCACCACCACCGCCAGCAUGGGGCACCGCUAAUCCUCCUCCAGUGGCCAUGCCGCCCUUGAUACCGCCACCACCUACUACCCAACCACCAACACCGGCGGCUCCACCACUUUUGCCAUGGAUGAGUGCACCACAACCGCCACCACCAGGCGGUGAUCCACCACCACCACCUGGUACUGGACCAUUGCAACCACCUGGUACAGGUCCCAUGCCACCUUUAUUGCCACCACCACCGGGUACUGGACUGCCACCAUGGCAGGCACCUCCAGGCAUAUUACCCCCACCAGGAUUUCCGGCAUGGGGUGCCGGUGCUCCCGGUGCAUAUGCUCCACCACCACCUCCGCCUUGUGCACCACCACCACCAGGCAUUGGAAGUUUAGCACAACCUCCUCCACCCCCACCACCAUCAUAAAUUGAACG